AUGGCGUCUCCGUUGCCCAAAAGGAAACGUUUCUCACAAACAAGCGAUAAUAUUAGAAGAUCCACUGCAGAUAAAUUGAAACUAUUUGAAUCAAUACGCGGUAAAGAGGUUGCCAACACUCCGUUUUGGGACAUAAUUGUCAUCACUGCUUUGGACGAAAGCCAGAGAGAUGCUUAUGACAUUCAACUGCAAUCCAAACUUUCCAGAGGUGAAUUACCUUUAGGUGUAAAGUAUCACGUGUUUUAUGAUCCACCUGGGCCUAAGAUAGGUAAUGGCGGCUCUGUACUUGUCACGAUUGGUGAUUUGUUAAAGAUUUAUAACGAAGAGGAGUUGAUGAAGUACAAGAUUUUAAUGCUUCCGGCUGGAGGAUACAGCCAAAGAUUGCCAAACGCUAGCGUUCUUGGGAAGGCAUUCACUGCUCUUCCAACUGGUACGUAUGUUAACCCUUUGGGACCAGCCGGCCCUAAGUGUCUGUCGUAAGACCGAUUUAGACGAUACGAUUUUUGCUUAUAAUGAUAAUGAUGAUAAGCAUGAGUCCGGGAGGAGGGUUGGGGUGGGGGGGAUUGCUCCCCUAUAAAAGUGAUGGGGGUGCUUGUCGUACCCUUAGGGGUUUAAAUUUCUGGAUUGGUAUGGCUUAGGGUACUAAAACCUAAAAUGACUGCUGCCAUAGUUGAUAAGCUUUAUUAGCAUUUCAAGGACUUUCAAAAAGUCCUUAAGAAAAAAGUGUUCAAAAAUUACCUUUAUUACUAUUAAAAUUUGCAGUGCCAGUUAAAUAAUUUGUUGUUGUUGUAUUGGUACCUCUUAGGGGUGGAAAUGAAUUUGGGACACACCCAUAAAACAAGAUUCUGGUAUCUUUUAGGGGUGUUCUCAAAAUUUUCCGACGAUCACCCCUUUCACUUUUAAACGGGAGUGUCCCCCGGGGCAUACGUCAUGACUUUAUGACAGAUUGUGUCUUGUAAAUUAGACCCAUGACAUUCAUACAACACAUUGUGGAUGUCGUAAGUGAAAAUUGUGUACAUGUGGAUAGUCGAAGUCAUGACAUAUACUAGUUGCGCACAAUAGUCGUAAGCUAAAAUCUUACCAUUUAAAUUGGCCUUUAGAGAGAUUUCCAUCCUAUAGAGAGUCGAAUAAAAGGAGUAAAGAAAGACAGGGACCAACUCUAGGUGUCUGGGCUAGAUUGCAGAAUACCUGACCCACUAAAUAUCUAACUUAAAAAACUGCUGCCACAGUCACCUGAUUUGCAUGAUAAAUUCUGACUUUAACUGGGGGAGUGUGGGAGAACUAGUAUGCCUCAUUCUGUAAGCACACAAGUUACUUGACAUUGACUGUGGGAGUGCAGGAGUGCGGGAUCACUAGUUGUAAACCCACUCAAUAUUCACUUUUCGGCGACUGCAGGAGCACUUGUUUUAGUCACUUAGAUUUAAGUGCUCAUCAACUACUGGACUGUGGGACUGUGGGCCCAGCAUGAUAGAACACAAGUGCAGGACUGUAGGAGUAUAUGCUGAAGACAUGUUAAGACAUGAUAAAUAACAUGCAAUUUUGCAAUAAUAACUUAACAUUACAAUAUAAUAACUUACAAUAUAAUCGUGAGCUUGGAAAUCUACUGUACAUGCGAUCAUAUACAAGGAUAUAAAGAGAAAGACUAAGUAUACUUAAAUUAUGCUUUUUUGGACAAGUAGGAGCAAAUCCUUAGAACAAGGUUGCUUGCUCAAUUGUUGAAUGAGUAUAUCAAAUUCAAAGAUUAAAAUUGAUUAUCCCAAUGAGAUCAAAUCAAACAAGAUAUAGUCCUCUUGAGCAUAAAGCAGUUCAUGGGGAUAUAAAAAUUCCAUCACAGCAUUGCCUAUAUGUACCCAGUUGUUUCAAAGGUUACAGCCACACACAUUCCUUCAUGCUCAUAAAUUUCAAAGUGAAGUACAUAGAAUGCAAUUUUGUUUUCUCAGGUGAUCCUCCAUAUCAAGUGAUUGAACUUCAGAUAGCUAUGUUUAUGGAUCUUCCAUCACGGAUGAACCCUGGUCUCUUUGUGGUUGCUUCAGAUUGUAUUGAGCUGUUUAAUAGUGAGGGAGAUUGGUCUCUUACAAAGCCAGGCUUCACAGCAUUAGCUCAUCCUUCUCCUGUUAUCAUUGGUACAACUCAUGGUGUAUUUGUGCUUGCUGAUCAUGAGGUGAAAACUCAUAUUGCAUUUACUAUGUCUUGAAGAAGCACUAUUUGUGGUGUAUAUGAAACAGCAAAUUUUUAGUGAUAUUGGUGCUAAUUUGGGUCUGUGAAACUUUUUCAGGGAUGGGAGUUAAUGUACAGUGUAGCUAAUUUUAUGUGGAAAGAAACUAUUCUGUUUUAAAAUAAAAAAAUGAUAAGCCAUUUCUACAUUGCAAUAAGCCUGUAUUUCAAAGCAAGGUUAAGUACAAAGGUGAUUUUUUAUUCUCGUAAAAAAUANAAGAGAAAGACUAAGUAUACUUAAAUAAUGCUUUUUUGGACAAGUAGGAGCAAAUCCUUAGAACAAGGUUGCUUGCUCAAUUGUUGAAUGAGUAUAUCAAAGUCAAAGAUUAAAAUUGAUUAUCCCAAUGAGAUCAAAUCAAACAAGAUAUAGUCCUCUUGAGCAUAAAGCAGUUCAUGGGGAUAUAAAAAUUCCAUCACAGCAUUGCCUAUAUGUACCCAGUUGUUUCAAAGGUUACAGCCACACACAUUCCUUCAUGCUCAUAAAUUUCAAAGUGAAGUACAUAGAAUGCAAUUUUGUUUUCUCAGGUGAUCCUCCAUAUCAAGUGAUUGAACUUCAGAUAGCUAUGUUUAUGGAUCUUCCAUCACGGAUGAACCCUGGUCUCUUUGUGGUUGCUUCAGAUUGUAUUGAGCUGUUUAAUAGUGAGGGAGAUUGGUCUCUUACAAAGCCAGGCUUCACAGCAUUAGCUCAUCCUUCUCCUGUUAUCAUUGGUACAACUCAUGGUGUAUUUGUGCUUGCUGAUCAUGAGGUGAAAACUCAUAUUGCAUUUACUUGAAGAAGCACUAUUUGUGGUGUUAAUGAUAUGAAACAGCAAAUUUUUAGUGAUAUUGGUGCUAAUUUGGGUCUGUGAAACUUUUUCAGGGAUGGGAGUUAAUGUACAGUGUAGCUAAUUUUAUGUGGAAAGAAACUAUUCUGUUUUAAAACAAAAAAAUGAUAAGCCAUUUCUACGUUGCAACAAGCCUGUAUUGCAAAGCAAGGUUAAGUGCAAAGGUGAUUUUUUAUUCUCAUAAAAAAUAAAUUCAUUUUCACAAAAGAAGAGUUGCACUUAGCCUUGUUUUGAAAGUGAGAAUUUUUGGAACUCGGAAUUAAUGGCCUAUUUAUUACAGCACAAGUAAGGAGUGAGGCAGGGGGGCAAGAGUGGCAAGUCCCAGACUACUUGGACAGUGGUGGGGCCUAAUUAUCUUGCAUUGUGUUCACACACGGGAAUUGUUAUUGAGCUGGUUUUUGUCUCUUGGUUCUUUUCAAAUAGUGUUUUUCUUUGGGCUCCCAGGUCCAAUUCAGCCAGAGAUUUGACCUGGGGGGUGGGGGAGGGGGCGGUUACUCAACAAAGUUUUGCACCACUGUUAGGUAGAGCUUCCCUGUAGUGGCCAUUAUAGCUAGUACCUCCUCCACCUGUGGGGGAUUCAAAGGUCAUGGGUUUGCCAGUCUACAAAGACUUGAGUGCCAGUCUCAUAAUAAUAAUAAAGUUGUUUGAUUUGUUAGAAAAACAUUUUCUACAGUUAAAUAUUUAACUCUUUAUUUCUUAAGAGUGAUAUUUAGUAUGAAAUUUCUCCUUUAAAUGUCAAUGCUUUAUAAAAUAGAGUGGUCAUGAGAAUUGUGGACAUGAUCACAGAGGAUAAAUCUUACUCUAUAAACAAAUUCCCCCCAACUACUUCUAUUAAAAAUGCACAGGGACAACAAAAAUAAUGAGAAUUAAAAUUUUGAUAUCAGGGUUUAAAGGGUUGACCAGUGAUGUACAAGCAAACUCCUACAUUCACCACUGCCAACAGGAGGGGUGGUGACGAUUGAGGCUUAGUUUUACUCAACUCCUGAUGAAUGUCUCAUUUCUUAUCUAUACUGGCUACUCAUGUCUGUCUCUUUGGUGUCAAAAAUCUGUCCGUUGUUGUGUGUACAUAGCCUAAAACCUUGUACCUUGUUUUAUUGCAUCAGAUUGAACCUCCUGUUGCUGAAACAUCAUGUAGGAAAUUCCUCCACAAGCCAUCAAUAGAUAUUAUGAGAAACCAUGGCAUCAUAUUUACUCGUGAUGGCGAGGAACAUGUUUACACUGACAGUACAUAUUUUGUCGACUGGAACACAGCCAAGAGACUCUAUGAUUUUGCUGAUGAAAUUAAACCAAUUGAUUGUGAAAUUGAUGCCUACGGUGAUUUUCUUCAAGCACUUGGGCCGGAGGCAUCGGCUGAUUACACUAAAAAUGUUGCUAAUGUGACAAAAGAGACAUCAUCAUUGGUUGAAAAGAGGAAAAAGAUUUUUGAGUUCUUGAAAGGAACACCUCUUAAUCUACUGCUACUUAACGAAUCCAAGUUCUACCAUAUUGGUACUACCAAAGAAUACAUCCAACAUUUUUGUAAAGAUCCUGUUUUCAGGUGAGAUAUAACAUUAAAAUGGCUGGCAUAAUGAAAAACAGGCUCCCUUUGUCUUGCUACAGCCCUGAUGUCAUAUCAACAUGGCAUGACUUGGCAAUGCAUUAAUUUAUUUGUCAUACAUGUUAAUUUCAAUAGCAAGGUCCUUUGAUUGUUGUUUUUUAAAUUACUAUUCAUUUCAGGCAUGAAAGCCAUUUUCUGCCAGAAGUCAUGGUCAAACGAACAGGAAUCAGUGAAGAGAAAAUCACCGAUCAGAGUUGUCUGAUCCUCUGUAACCUAACACUGCCAUCCACUGUGGGACAGCACACAGUGCUAGAGUACUGCGAAGUCAACUCUGGAUCGUCUGUUGGCAGCAACUGUAUUAUCAGCAAUGUGCUGAUUCCUGCCGGGGCACACAUUCCUGAUGACACUUUCAUGACAACGGUCUGUGUUUCAGUUGGUGAUGUGACAGGGCUGUAUGUGACAGUUGUGUUUGGUGUUGGAGACAAUGUGAAGAAGAUGGCAAGACCAAAUGAUCUUGGGAAACUGCAGUAUUUUGGCUUGCCACUUGACAAGGCAAUGGCACUGUUGGAUAUAAAACAGGUGUGGAUUUAAGUUUAUAAAUAUGAGAGUUUUUAUUAACUUGUCCAUUUUUUACCCCUUUAAUUCUAAUGUUGAUGCACCAUUCUCUUCACUGUUCUCCAUGUUUUGCAUACAAUGUUUAUGUUACAAGUUAAAUUUAAUUUCAGGUUAAAUAUUUUUAACCCAAGUCAAUUCUCAAUUUCAUUUGCCUCUUAGAGCUAGGAGACAAAGGAGUUUGAGAAUCAACUUAGGUUAAAUCAAAUUUGACCUGUAACAUACAUACAAACUUUUAGUCACCCCCAUCAUCUUUUCAUUUCAACUAAUUAUAAUUUUUCUGUUUGUGAUUGGCUUAAAUACCCUGGCUAAUUCUUCAUAACCCACUUGCUAGCCAGUGUAGCUGGUGAAAUUUUUCCUUGCAAGUGUGGUGGCAAAGGCUUAUAAGUGAGUGCUGAAGGUGUGAGGAUUUCAAAGUGUCUCUUCCCCAUUCUCUGUGUGGAAGAACAUUUCUCCCUCAAGUCGCACUGACGUAACGAUUCAGCCAGCUACAGGCUCUAGGUACAAGAUAAUUUGGAAGGAGAUUCUAGCAUUUUCUUCGAAGUCACAGAGGGCUUUACUCCAAGCACCCCUUCAAUUACCAGUAUUGAAUUUGGCUUUCAUUUUAUAUGAAUAAUGUUAUGCAGAUCUGGGAGGGUGUUAACAGGCUUGAUCUGGCCAUAUAUUAUAUUUUUCUUAAAAGAGCACCAGGAGAAACUGCCGAUAUUUAAUUAACGCGACAGGUGUUUAAUCAAGAAAAUACGGUAAAUUAUUUGUUAUUGGUACUUAACCUAUACAAAAGCUGAUCAAGAGGGUUUGACUUUUGGCAAUCAUUUUCUUCAUCUGACUGCCCAUAGUUUUUAACUGAGUAGUUAAGUCAUAGUGAGGCAUGUUGGGAGAAAACAAGUAGGUACAGUCUGAAUAUUGCAACACUGAACAUUUACUAUGUGACUUAAUUUCUACAGGAAUCAGAGCAAGAGUUUGUGAGCUUGUGGCAGAUGAAACUAUUCCCAGCAUUUUACACCUGUGAAGACUCCGUUUCCCAUGCAAUAAACAUGAUAAAUUCCUUAAAGAGUGGAAAUCAAGUUGACAAAGGAAAAAUUACAAGCAUAGGAAAGUAUCUUUCCAUGGAGGAUGUUUUAGCAUUUAAGGAUAUUAAAGGAACUUUAGACAUUAGAGAAAAUUUAAGGAAGAAGAUUUUAGGGACAUAGACCAAACAAUGGACAAACCUCGAAUGCAGAAACAAAUAUUGGUACUUGCGUGGUAACAUGGACUAGGGUUUUGAAAAUCAAGAAACUGUAUUUUUGAAUUUUCGGGUUUAUACAUAAUUUAGUAUCAGUAUCAAAUAAGGUAAAGAAAGAUAGAAUAUGAACUUCUUUUCAUUUCUUGCCUCAGAAUAGCAUCAUCCUUCACCUAAUAUUAUAACAUUCAUAUUUUAAAAGGGACAGUAGAGGGAAAAGCAUUACGUACUUGGCACCUAGUUGUUUCACUUUUAUCUACAACAGCACCAAAUACAAGCCAGGUAUUCCUACAUUGUCAAUUUUGAUACUUUCAGUAAUUGUGGAAAUAAAAUAUUUUGGGCU